AUGACAAAUUCUGAUCAUGAGCGCUUUUCGGGUGAAAAGGUGACCUAUUUGCGGAGCAAAGGCGAGCGGAGAAAGGAAAUUCUUGAUCUUCAGAAAUAUGAAAAUAAAGAAAAAUGUCCAAAUGACUAUUUCAUUAGUGAUGGUUAUUCGCGUGAAGGUGGUAAAUGCAAAUUUGAAGGAGAAGUAGAUUUAACAGAACAAUUAAAUAGCAAUUUCAGUAAUACAAAUUACUUAUAUUUUAUGGAUACAAGCACAAUCCUCAUUCGUGUAAAUAAUCAAGUUUGGAAGAGUAUAGAUCAAGGAUCUUCAUGGAAACGCGUAGAUGAACUCAAAAAUGUUCUUGCAAUGUUCCAAAACCCUUAUUUUAAUAAUCGUGCAUACUUUGCAAAUCUUUCCAAUACUUUAUAUUAUACAGAGGAUUAUGCUAAAACUAUUAAUCCUAUAAGUGUAAAUUUGGUGCCCAACAUUCUUGGCAUACCAAUUCUCGAUUUUCAUCCAAAAAAACCUGGAUGGCUUAUUUAUACAGCGAGUAAAGGAUGUGAAAGUACAUUCUCUACUAAUUGCCACUCAGUUGCUUAUUAUACUAAAGAUAAUGGUAAACGUUGGAAUCAACUGGAUACAUAUUCUAGAAUUUGCACGUGGGCACGUGAUAGCAAAUUUAAUGUCAAUGACGAUCUUAUAUUUUGUGAAUCUUAUCUUAAGAAAACUGGGUCGCAAAAGUCAUCUUACGAUAAUCCACUUCAAUUGUGGUCAACAAGAGAUUUUGGGGCAAAUAAAAAUAUACUAUUUCACAAUAUUGUCGGAUUUGUUACAUUUGAGAAGUUUAUGGUAGUUGCCGAGUUGUUGCCUACUCAGCAACUUCAACUUUGGGUAUCUAUGGAUGGUGAAAAAUUUGCAAAAACACAGUAUCCACCUAACAUGGAUGUACAAAAUAAGGCAUUUACAAUUUUAGAAUCUACAACUGGUUCUAUCAUAUUACAUGCAACAGCUCCUCAUAAUCUAUGGGGGAAUAUAAUGAAAUCAAAUUACAAUGGAACUUAUUAUUCUCUUUCUCUGGAAUAUGUCAAUCGUGAUGAGGAAGGUUUUGUUGAUUUUGAAAAGAUGCAAGGGAUAGAAGGAAUUGCCCUAGCUAAUGUAGUUAGUAACACUAAUGAAGUAAUCAUUGGUGAUUCAGCUAAAAAGCUUCAAUCAAGAAUUACAUUUAAUGAUGGUGGUGCGUGGCAAAAGUUGACUCCACCCACAAGUGAUUCAGAUGGUAAACCAUAUAAUUGUAAUGGUUGCUCCUUACAUCUUCAUAGUUAUACGGAACGGAGAGAUCCUCGAGACUCCUUUAGCUCAUCUUCAGCUGUAGGAUUAAUGAUUGGUGUAGGCAAUGUUGGCGACUAUCUUUCUCCUUACUUGGAUGGCGAUACAUUCUUAACCAGAGAUGCUGGUGUCACAUGGACUGAAGUUAAAAAAGGUGCUUAUAUGUACGGAUUUGGAGGUCAAGGUUCUAUUCUGGUUUUAGUAGAUGAUGAAGCACCCACAAAGCAUAUUCUCUAUUCUUUCAAUGAGGGCAAAACUUGGACAGAACAUGAGUUCACAACAGACAAACCCAUUAAAGUUCAUGACAUCUUAACACAUCCGAAUGGUACUAAACUUACAUUCCUUUUGCGAGGACGUCCUGAAGGCAGUUAUGCUAAAGAAGUGGUGGUUUAUCUCGAUUUUACUCAAAAAUUGAGCGCUAAAUGUGAACUUGAAAAAGAUUUUGACUUAUGGAAGCCUACACAUCCGGGACAUACGGGACAUCAAAAUGAUUGUUUGUUUGGCCACAAGACAACAUAUUACCGGAGGAACCUUGGACGUGAUUGUUAUAUCGAUGAAAGUUUCUCACAAUCGAAAAAAUCUCAAGAAAAUUGCAAAUGCGAAGAAUACGACUUUGAAUGUGGCUUCAACUAUGUUCGAGAUAAAAAUAAUAAUUGCUCAUUGGUUGAUGGUACCUCACCUUUGAAGCUAACUAUUGAAGAAAUGUGUGCUGAUGGUGCGAAAUUUUGGUACAAUGAUUCCCGCUUCCGCAAAAUUCCUAUUUCAACAUGCUCUGGUGGUGAAGAAAUAUACUUAGGCAAACCUUAUGAAUGUCCUCAUAGUAACGGUAAUUCUGGCAUUAAUUGGUUAAUUGUCAUCCUUGUUGUUGGAGCUAUUAUUGCAUGUUGUAUGUAUAGGAAACGCAAUAGAUACUCAUAUUUAUCUCAAGGACGCAUUCGCCUUGGCGAUCCUAUGGCAGAUUCUCAGUCAUUUUUAUUAAAUAUGUUUGAAUCAUUUAUGGACAUUAUUUCACAAAUCCUCUCAAAGAUUUCUGUUCCAAGAUCUGGCAACCGAUAUAGAUAUAGGCCCGUUUCUCAAGAUGAUCCUAAUGAUGUUCUGUUAAAUGAAUAUGAUGAUGAUAAUCAAGAGUUGUAA